GCAGCCGGAGGGGAGAUCUUUAACCAGUGUGUAGCGGAGAGGGACGAGGCCUUCAAAGAGGAGGACGUGAAGAGGCUGUUAAGACAGAUCCUAGAGGGAGUCUCCUUCCUCCACAGGAACAACGUGGUGCACCUGGACAUCAAGGUCAGUCCCCGACCCCUGUUAGACACUUUAUGGUAUUUUAUUAGGAUCCCCAUUAGCUGUUGCGAAAGCAGCAGCUGAUCUUCCUGGGGUCCAACCUUUUAUCAACAUUCACUUCUUAUAUGUAUGUUAGACCAGGGGUGGGAAAACAUUUUGGCUCGAGGGCCACAUCGGGGAUGGACACACAGAUUUUCUUUGGGGUUGACCAAUUUGUUUGUCAAAAGCAAUUUGCGGGCCAGAAACAGGCCAGUUAUCUGAACAUAUAUAUUGUACUUUCUAUCUAGUUUUAGAUGUUCAAGAGGCCUGGAGUGUUUUUUUUACCUAAAAUAAUAAUCAACCUCCUGCCGGCCGGAUCCGUAGUUUGUCCACCGCUGUGUUUUACUUUGUAUCACUUUUAUCACAUAGUCCACAUUUUAGCAAUUAAGUCAGAUAAACUCAUGGAUACCAUUGUUUUGUCUCUGCGUGCAGUUUAAAGGAAGUUGAAGGUAGUUUCUGGAGCCAUUGCUAACUAGCGAAAGGGCUUGAUUGCCAAAAUAUCGCUUUAAAGAUGGAAGCAAGCUUUUAUACCGUGGUUUACGUAUAUGCAAGUUAGCCCCACUAGACCUCCUCUCUAAUGCUGCUGUCAAGUUAGCCCCACUAGACCUCCUCUCUAAUGCUGCUGUCAAGUUAGCCCCACUAGACCUCCUCUCUAAUGCUGCUGUCAAGUUAGCCCCACUAGACCUCCUCUCUAAUGCUGCUGUCAAGUUAGCCCCACUAGACCUCCUCUCUAAUGCUGCUGUCAAGUUAGCCCCACUAGACCUCCUCUCUAAUGCGGCUGUCACGCUGCUCUUCUCUCCAGCCCCAGAACAUUCUGCUGACCUCCGAUGCUCCUCUGGGGGACAUCAAGAUCGUGGACUUUGGUCUGUCCAGGAUGGUGAGCAGCAGUCAGGAGCUCAGAGAGAUCAUGGGGACCCCGGAGUAUGUGGGUGAGUAGAGCAGCAAACAACACAACCCCUGUCCUGACCGGCAGCCAUGUUGUUAUGACCGUCAUGGUCACUCCACUCAGCAUGUCAAAAGUCUUCAAUGGGGUAGUUCACCCCCAAAGUGAAUAAGUCGUUUUUUUUCUUUUGCAGCUCCAGAAAUCCUGAAUUACGAACCGAUUAGCACUGCGACAGAUAUGUGGUGAGUGACAUUUCAGUGUAUCUUAUUGCAGUGGUUCUUAAACCUCUCCUCGGGACCCUCCGCCAUUCCAUGUACUUGAUCUAUUCCAGAGAUAGCACACCUGAUUCAAAUAGUCAACUAAUCAUCAAGCCCUUCACUAGGUCAAUCAGGUGAGCUAGUUCAGGGCUACAUUAAAACUGUGAAACGUCUCUGGGUGCCCGAGGGGAGGUUUGAGAACCAACAGUAUGUUGUAUGUGUUGUGAUUUGUUUUAUCCAAUAGCUUCUUUGAGAGAGCGAGAGAGAUACAAGGGAAAACUUCACACAUGUAGGAAAACAGCAUCAUUCCCUAAAUUAUGAGUUUAUCUCAGAGGGAAAAGCUUCAGCUCAUUUCCUGUGGCUGUAUAUACACUAUAUAUACAGCAGUAUGUGGACACCCCUUCAAAUUAGUGGAUUUGGCUAUUUCAGCCACACCCGUUGCUGACAGGUGUAUAAAAUCGAGCACACAGCCAUGCAAUCUUCAUAGAUGAACAUUGGCAGUAGAAUGGUCUUUCUGAAGAGCUCAGUGACUCUCAACGUGGCACCGUCAUAGGAUGCCACCUUUCCAGCAAGUCAGUUUGUAAAAUGUAUUCCCUGCUAGAGCUGCCCCUGUCAACUGUAAGUGCUGUUAUUGUGAAGUGGAAAUCUCUAGGAGCAACAACGGCUCAGCCGCAAAGUGGUAGGCCACACAAGCUCACAGAACAGGACCGCAGAGUGCUGAAGCGCGUAGCGCGUAAAAAUUGUCUGUCCUCGGUUGCAACACUCACUACCGAGUUCCAAACUGCCUCUGGAAGCAAGGUCAGCACAAUAACUGUUUGUCGGGAGCUUCAUGAAAUGGGUUUCCAUGGCCGAGCAGUCGCACACAAGCCUAAGAUCACCAUCCGCAAUCUCAAGUGUCGGCUGGAGUGGUGUAAAGCUCGCUGCCAUUGGACUCUGGAGCAGUGGAAACGUGUUCUCUGGAGUGAUAAUCACGCUUCACCAUCUGGCGGUCCGACGGACGAAUCUGGGUUUGGUGGAUGCCAGGAGAACGCUACCUCCCCCAAUGAAUAGUGCCAACUGUAAAGUUUGGUGGAGGAGGAAUAAUGGUCUGGGGCUGUUUUUCAUGGUUCGGGUUAGGCCGCUUAGUCCAGUGAAGAGACAUUUUAACCCUACAGCAUACAAUGACAUUCUAGACGAUUCUGUGCUUCCAACUUUAAGGCAACAGUUUGGGGAAGGCCCUUUCCUGUUUCAUACAGAAAUGGAUUGUUGAGAUUGGUGUGGAAGAACUUGACUGGCCUGCACAGAGCCCUGACCUCAACCCCAUCUAACAACUUUGGGAUUAAUUGGAACGCAGACUGCGAACCUGGCCUAAUCGCCCGACAUCAGUGUCCAACCUCACUAAUGCUCUUGUGGCUGAAUGGAAGCAAGUCCCCGCAGCAAUGUUCCAACAUCUAGUGGAAAGCCUUUCCAGAAGAAUAGAGGCUGUAAUAGCAGCAAAGGGGGGGAACAACUCCAUAUUAAUGCCCAUGAUGAUCAUGUAGUGUAUAUAUUUGUCCAACUGUUUUGUCACUGUAUGUGUCUGACAGGAGUAUUGGGGUGCUGACCUACGUGAUGCUGACGGGUACCUCUCCCUUCCUGGGGGAGGACAAGCAGGAGACCUUCCUCAACAUCUCCCAGAUCAACGUCAGUUACCAGGAGGAGGAGCUGGAGCAUCUAGACCAGGCCGCCAUCGCCUUCAUCAAGGUCCUGCUCAUCAAAGAACCCCAGUGAGUAAUGUGGUCAUUGGGGGGUGGGGGUUCUAAGCUGACAUGUGGAAUUGUUUUAAGAAGGUCAUACCAUGGAUCAUUUAGCUAUUUGACUUUAAGUUCUGAAUUUUAGGUAUACAUUUUUUAUUUUUUAUUAUUUGGCCUUUACUACUAUAGCCCAUAGAAACGAAUUGAAUAACACAUUCAUGAAUGGCAAAAAAGACAGUCAAAAAAGAAAUCACAAGGAAUAUGUUUUUAAGUGUCUGUCCUAUAUCUAGGAAAUAUUAUUGUUUUUUAACACAUUUAACGCCUUAUUUUUGUUAACACAAAGCUACCUCCAUUCAUGUGUACCUUUAGACAAGUCACGUAGAGUAAAACGGAGAUCACCAUUGUGUUUAUGAGAGUCUCGUGGUCAUAUUAGUUUUGUAGGCCAAAUCGUUCGGAUUCUACAGACGUUUUCGUGAGAAACUGAUUUUCGGGAUGUCUCCUGGUCUGACAAACAGCACUGUAGCUCUGCCACUUUCCACUACAGAUGCGGAAGGGCGACACAGGUGGAUGUGGUAGAUUGAGACACAGCCCAUACAAAAAAAAUGUAUCUCCAACUUAAACGGACAGAUUUUGAUGGGGAUUUUCGUAUUAUGUUACUUAGAUUCACGCACCGGUGCGUCAAUAGACUCUAGGGGUUUAAACACAAUAUUAAUCUUAUGUACAGUACCAGUCAAAAGUUUGGACACACCUACUCAUUCCAGGGUUUUUCUUUAUUUUUACUAUUUUCUACAUUGUAGAAUAAUAGUAAAGACAUCAAAACUAUGAAAUAACACAUAUGGAAUCAUGUAGUAACCAAAAAAGUGUUAAACAAAUAUUCCAUAUUUUAUUUUCUUCAAAGUAGCCACCCUUUGCCUUGAUGACAGCUUUGCACACUCUUGGCAUUUUCUCAACCAGCUUCACCUGGAAUGCUUUUCCAACAGUCUUGAAGGAGUUCACACAUAUGCUGAGCACUUGUUGGCUGCUUUUCCUUCACUCUGCGGUCCAACUCAUCCCAAACCAUCUCAAUUGGGUUGAGGUCGCGUGAUUGUGGAGGCCAGGUCAUCUGAUGCAGCACUCCAUCACUCUCCUUCUUGGUCAAAUAGUCCUUACACAGCCUGGAGGUGUGUUUUGGGUCAUUGUCCUGUUGAAAAGAAAUUAUAGUCCCACUAAGCGCAAACCAGAUGGGAUGGCGUAUCGCUGUGGUAGCCAUGCUGGUUAAGUGUGCCUUGAAUUCUAAAUAAAUCACAGACAGUGUCACCAGCAAAGCACCAUCACACCUCCUCCUCCAUGCUUCACGGUGGGAACCAAAAAUCUCACAUUUUGACUCAUCAGACCAAAGGACCGAUUUCCACCGGUCUAAUAUCCAUUGCUCGUGUUUCUUGGCCAAAGCAAGUCUCUUCUUAUUAUUGGUGUCCUUUAGUAGUGGUUUCUUUGCAGCAAUUUGACCAUGAAGGCCUGAUUCACGCAGUCUCCUCUGAACAGUUGAUGUUGAGAUGUGUCUGUUACUUGAACUCUGUGAAGCAUUUAUUUGGGCUGCAAUCUGAGGUGCAGUUAACUCUAAUGAACUUAUCCUCUUUAGCAGAGGUAACUCUGGGUCUUCCUUUCCUGUGGCGGUCCUCAUGAGACGCAGUUUCAUCAUAGCGCUUGAUGGUUUUCGCGACUGCACUUGAAGAAACUCGAAGUUCUUGAAAUUUUCCAGAUUGACUGACCUUCAUGUCUUAAAGUAAUGAUGGACUGUUGUUUCUCUUUGCUUAUUUGAGCUGUUCUUGCCAUAAUAUGGACUUUUACCAAAUAGGGCUAUCUUCUGUAUACCAACCCCUACCUUGUCACAACACAACUGAUUGGCUCAAACGCAUUAAGAAGGAAAGAAAUUCCACAAAAUAACUUUUAACAAGGCACACCUGUUAAUUGUAAUGCAUUCCAGGUGACUACCUCAUGAAGCUGGUUGAGAGAAUGCCAAGAGUGUGAUAAGCUGUCAUCAAGGCAAAGGGUGGCUACUUUGAAGAAUCACAAAAUUCUUGCAUUAGGAGGAACCCAGGGCCAACCGCACCAGCAUAUGGUCUCACAAGGGGUCUGAGGAUCUCAUCUCGGUACCUAAUGGCAGUCAGGCUACCUACAUUUACAUUUAGGUACCUCUGGCGAGCACAUGGAGGGCUGUGCGGCCCCCCAAAGAAAUGCCACCCCACACCAUGACUGACCCACCGCCAAACCGGUCAUGCUGGAGGAUGUUGCAGGCAGCAGAACGUUCUCCACGGCGUCUCCAGACUCUGUCACGUCUGUCACAUGUGCUCAGUGUGAACCUGCUUUCAUCUGUGAAGAGCACAGGGCACCAGUGGCGAAUUUGCCAAACUUGGUGUUCUCUGGCAAAUGCCAAACGUCCUGCACGGUGUUGGGCUGUAAGCACAACCCCCACCUGUGGACGUCGGGCCCUCAUACCACCCUCAUGGAGUCUGUUUCUGACCGUUUGAGCAGACACAUGCACAUUUGUGGCCUGCUGGAGGUCAUUUUGCAGGGCUCUGGCAGUGCUCCUCCUGCUCCUCCUUGCACAAAGGCGGAGGUAGCGGUCCUGCUGCUGGGUUGUUGCCCUCCUACGGUCUCCUCCACGUCUCCUGAUGUACUGGCCUGUCUCCUGGUAGCGCCUCCAUGCUCUGGACACUACGCUGACAGACACAGCAAACCUUCUUGCCACAGCUCGCAUUGAUGUGCCAUCAUGGAUGAGCUGCACUUCCUGAGCCACUUGUGUGGGUUGUAGACUCCGUCUCAUGCUACCACUAGAGUGAAACCACCGCCAGCAUUCAAAAGUGACCAAAACAUCAGCCAGGAAGCAUAGGAACUGAGAAGUGGUCUGUGGUCACCACCUGCAGAACCACUUCUUUAUUGGGGGUGUCUUGCUAAUUGCCUAUAAUUUCCACCUGUUGUCUAUUCCAUUUGCACAACAGCAUGUGACAUUUAUUGUCAAUCAGUGUUGCUUCCUAAGUGGACAGUUUGAUUUCACAGAAGUGUGAUUGACUUGGAGUUACAUUUACAUUUACAUUUACGUCAUUUAGCAGACGCUCUUAUCCAGAGCGACUUACAAAUUGGUGCAUUCACCCUAUAGCCAGUGGGAUAACCACUUCACAAUUUUUUAUUUUUUAUUAUUUUUAAGGGGGGGGGGGGGGGUAGAAGGAUUACUUUAUCCUAUCCCAGGUAUUCCUUAAAGAGGUGGGGUUUCAAAUGUCUCCGGAAGGUGGUGAGUGACUCCGCUGUCCUGGCGUCGUGAGGGAGCUUGUUCCACCAUUGGGGUGCCAGAGCAGCGAACAGUUUUGACUGGGCUGAGCGGGAUCUAUGCUUCCGCAGAGGAAGGGGAGCCAGCAGGCCAGAGGUGGGUGAACGCAAUGCCCUCGUUUGGGUGUAGGGACUGAUCAGAGCCUGAAGGUACGGAGGUGCCGUUCCCCUCACAGCUCCAUAGGCAAGCACCAUGGCCUUGUAACAGAUGCGAGCUUCAACUGGAAGCCAGUGGAGUGUGCGGAGGAGCGGGGUGACGUGAGAGAACUUGGGAAGAUUGAACACCAGACGGGCUGCGGCAUUCUGGAUGAGUUGUAGGGGUUUAAUGGCACAGGCAGGGAGCCCAGCCAACAGCGAGUUGCAGUAAUCCAGACGGGAGAUGACAAGUGCCUGGAUUAGGACCUGUGCCGCUUCCUGUGUAAGGCAGGGUCGUACUCUCCGAAUGUUGUAGAGCAUGAACCUGCAGGAUCGGGUCACCGCCUUGAUGUUAGCGGAGAACGACAGGGUGAUGUCCAGGGUCACGCCAAGGCUCUUCGCACUCUGGGAGGAGGACACAACGGAGUUGUCAACCGUGAUGGCGAGAUCAUGGAACGGGCAGUCCUUUCCCGGGAGGAAGAGCAGCUCCGUCUUGCCAAGGUUCAGCUUGAGGUGGUGAUCCGUCAUCCAUACUGAUAUGUCUGCCAGACAUGCAGAGAUGCGAUUCGCCACCUGGUUAUCAGAAGGGGGAAAGGAGAAGAUUAGUUGUGUAUCGUCAGCGUAGCAAUGAUAGGAGAGGCCAUGUGAGGAUAUGACAGAGCCAAGUGACUUGGUGUAUAGGGAGAAUAGGAGUUACAUUGUGUUGUUUAAGUGUUCCCUUAAUUUUUUUGAGCAGUGUAUGUGUGUAUAUAUAUUUAUGUAUAUGUGGGGUCACUUAGAAAUGUCCUUGUUUUCCAUCAAAUAGUUUGAAUAGGAAAUAUAGCAAAAUGAAUAGGAAAUGUAGAAAUAAUGAUUUUUAAUUGAAAUAAUAAUGUGUCCUUCAAACUUUGCUUUCAUCAAAGAAUCCUCCAUUUGCAGCAAUUACAGCCUUGCAGACCUUUGGCAUUCUAGUUGUCAAUUUGUUGAGGUAAUCUGAAGAGAUUUCACUCCAUGCUUCCUUAAGCACCUCCCACAAGUUGGAUUGGCUUGAUGGACACUUCUUACGUACCAUACGGUCAAGCUGCUCCCACAACAGCUCAAUAGGGUUGAGAUCCGGUGACUGUGCUGGCCACUACAUUAUAGACAGAAUACCAGCUGACUGCUUCUUCCCUAAAUAGUUAUUGCGUAGUUUGGAGCUGUGCUUUGGGUCAUUGUCCUGUUGUAGGAAGAAAUUGGCUCCAAUCAAGUGCCUUCCACAGGGUAUGGCAUGGCGUUAUAAAGUGGAGUGAUAGCCUUCCUUCUUCAAGAUCCCUUUUACCCUGUACAAAUCUCCUAUUUUACCACCACCAAAGCACCACCUGACCAUCACAUUGCCUCCACCAUGCUUGACAGAUGGCAUCAAGCACUCCUCCAGCAUCUUUUCAUUUGGUCUGCGUCUCACAAAUGUUCUUCUUUGUGAUCCGAACACCUCAAACUUCGAUUCGACUGUCCAUAACACUUUUUUCCAAUCUUCCUCUGUCCAGUGUCUGUGUUCUUUUGCUCAUAUUAAUAUUUUAGUUUUAUUGGCCAAUCGGAGAUAUGGCUUUUUCUUUACAACUCUGCCUAGAAGGUCAGCAUCCUGGAGUCGCCUCUUGAAGCUGCCAGUUGAGGACCUGUGAGGCGUCUUGUUUCUCAAACUAGACACUCAUGUAUUUGUCCUCUUGCUCAGUUGUGCACCGGGGCCUCCCACUCCUCUUUCUAUUCUGGUUAGAGCCAGUUUGCGCUGUUCUGUGAAGGGAGUAGGCAAUUUCUCGCAUGGAAUAGCCUUCAUUUCUCAGAACAAGAAUAGACUGAUGAGUUUCAGAAGAAAGCUAUUUGUUUCUGGCCAUUUUGAGCCUGUAAUCGAACCCACAAUUGCUGAUGCUCCAGAUACUCAACUAGUCUCAAGAAGGCCAGUUUUAUUGCUUCUUUAAUCAGCACAACAGUUUUCAGCUGUGCUAACAUAAUUGCAAAAGGGUAUAUAUAUAUAUAUAAUAUGUAUGUAUAUGUGUGUGUGUUUUUUGUGUAGAGGUGAAUGGUAGGAGAGAGAGUACUGAAAGAGCAGUGGGCCAGAUUAGACCGCCAGACCACCCCAGGCCACAAACAUGUAUUCUAUAAACAGUAGAAUAGGCCCCUUGGGCAAUCAAAUCCACAGCCUUGGUGUUGAAAGUGCCAUGCUCGCUCAAACCCACCAAGCCAUCGGAGAAGGUGGAUAUGGGGGGUUGAAGUUCCCAUUGAUUCCCUGGCAUUCUCCUUUCUCCCAACAGUAACCGCGCCACGGCAGAAGAAUGCCUGCAGCACCAGUGGCUCCAGGCAAAAGAGAAAAGGGAAGCAGAGGCGACAGUAGAGGUGAAAGGGACUAUCAGCCCCACCAAGUGCACCUCUGACCCAGCCAGCCCCGAGAGCCCCAUCAGGGGGGAGGAGGAGGAAGGCCCCGAAACGGAGGAGCUGAUCGUGGUGGCGGCGUACGCACUGGGCCACUGCCGCCAGUCAACAGACAAGGAGGUCAUGAACCCCGACCAGAAGGCCAUCUCCAAACGCUUCAAGUUCGAGGAGCCCUUCAGCGCCCUCCAAGAGGUUCCUGGGGAGUUCAUUUACUGAAGGAGACAGACACACACACACACACAC